GAAACAUGACUCACUGGGUGAUGUAACCAGUUCACACUCCGUCUCCUCAAUGGAAAAACCGUACCUGUUCUCUGUUCCACCUGGACAGGUGAGGCUUAGAGGGGCGGGCCUCUGGGAGUCCAGAGCGAUCCGCACUCAGCUGUUCUACCUGUUAAUUAAAAACACAAACGCUCCCUGUGGAGCAGCAGAACCUGAGUGAUUUCAGAAACCUGCGUCCACCGCAGAGGAAGGUGGGAGCAGCAGCAGGUGAGACGCUUCAGGCCGACACUGAGCUCUGAUUGGCUGUCAUCAUGAGUCGGUGGCGUCGUUCGGUGGACGAGCUGACAGCGGGACGGCGGCGGCAGCAGGCAGAGUGUGAGCGGGCUCAGAACGCUCUGAGUCGGGUCACUUCCUGCUUCCAGCAGCUGGCGGCGUCGCUGGGAAGUUCAGCCGACAGCAGCUUCCUACGGGAAGAGAUGGACGAGACGAGAGCGCUGGCUCACCGGAUCUGCUCAGGUCUGUCUCGCCGCCUGCUGCGCCUGCUGUCAGCCUGUGACUCCGCCCCCAUUGCCGUGGAUGACAGACAUGCUUCAGAACGACUCUGGGUGCUCUUCCUGUCUGCAGUGGAGAACUUCCUGUCUGACCUCCGAAGGGCCAAAGAUCUGAUUGGUCAGUUCCCUCUGACCCAGCGCUCCAGCAGACGCUCACUGGUGAACACAGGAUGUACCGAUGGCCCAGUGGGUCUGGCGGCCUGGGUGGCGCUGGUCCAAAUCCCCUGGCUGGUUCUGGAGGAAGAGCCCAGUCCAGAUCUGACCAAUCACAUAGCACGCCUGGAGGCCCAGCUGGGUGAGCUGCAGCAGAGGGUCCCGGUGGCGUUCUGGUCAGUGGAGUCGACCCAGCCGGCGUGGGCCGAGGUUCUGAGCGACGCUGAGGAUCCAGAGGAAAGCCUGGAGGACUUGAUGGAGGUGGCGUCCAGUGGCGGUGGCAGCACCAGGCUGCCUGCCUGCUGCCAGGGAACCUGCUGCUGGGUCGGAUAGGCCCGGAUCGGUUCUGCUGGUUCAGCAGGGUUCCUAGAGCUCCAACAGAAAUCUUCUAUAGAAAUAUUGACCCAGAACAUAGCACAGGAUUAGAAUCAUGUGAAAAUUAUUGCACAGAAAGUUGAGUGGAAGGAAGAAGUGUCCAUCCAUUCAAUCUGAAGGAGCAGACGACCAAGAUCUGGGUCAACAGGUGAUCUGCUGGUUCUGUCGGGUCCAGAGUUAACGCGUCUACCAGAACCUUUAGAGUCUUCAUGAAGGCUCUGCAGCACAAAAUCUGUUUUAUUGAUCUGAAUAUUUCAGUUUGGGCUUCCAUCCACAACCAGAAAAAUCUGAAAUAUUUCACUUUGUGAUGAUUUAUGAUGAGUUUAACUUUCUAGAACAAGGAACAAAUAAAACCCCAGGAGGGAGAAAACGG